AUGGGGUACCUCGUUCUCUUCUCACUCGUCUCGUGUGCGCUGGCGCUGGACGCUGGCAACUGUACUGCGAGCAUCAAGCUGGAGAAGGAUAAGCAUACGUACGCGCAUGAAUGCCCGGGCGACAUCUUGGCCAUCAGGGAGUGGCACGUGGUACCUAUGCGAUCCGGCAUUAACCUGGACAGGAACGCUACUGGAUGGCUGCAUACGUGCCUUCACUCGCUGGACGUGAGCGACAGCUAUGAAGAUAUCCGGUGCACGUGGAAGUGUCAACUCACGGAGGACGAAAUUUUUCUCAGUCGCUGUCCCGGAAACGUCUACAUGAUCCGUCACUUUCGCGGAACCACGCCCAGCAGCAAAGGAAUCAACCUUUCCAAGACUGCCAUGCUUUUCCUCAAACAUCGUGCUACGCUGCUGGCCGUUUGUGGUAUCAAGACACUUGGAAUCAUUCGAUCCCUCGUUUCACCAGCGUCUCCAUCCGAAACGUCCUACGAUGAACUGAUCGCACUGCUGAAAAAUCAUUUCACUCCGAAGCCAUCGGUAAUAUACAGCCACUUCCAGUUUCACAAACGCGUGCAACGUUCCAACGAAAGGAUCACUUCAUACGUGCUUGAGUUACGCCGGCUAGCAGAGGACUGCAACUUCAGAUCCACACUGAGUGAAAGACUACGUGAUCAGCUUGUGUGCGGCAUUCGUGAUGACGGGUUACAACGGCGUCUGCUCGCCGAAACAGAUUUAACCUUCGAGAACGCUAAAGCAAAAGUACUCGCUGCCGAAGCAGCGGCCGACCAAGCGAAGGAAAUACAAACUCAGGGGUUAGCUUCCGCGGCCCAUCACAUCAAUAAUGAUCGCCGGGUUCGUAACCCCAAAGGAUCCACAGCGAAGUCCCGACAUCCCAGGGACCCCCCGAAGACUUUGUGCCACGGAUGUGGAGCGACACCUGACCGCGACCGGUGCCCGUUCCGAGAAGCAAUUUGCCGUCACGGUCACAAAAAAGGGCACAUCGAACGCGUGUGUCGUGCAAAGAACUCUCGUGACCAGAAAGUACAAGAACCUGCCCGACAGCAACAGCGACAGGGUCAAAACUUCGUCUUCUUGGUCUUCGCCAACAACGCAUGCAGUUACAACAGCCAGAGAGAACAGCCAGAAGAACACGUCUCAGAUACUGCAAGUAUAUAUCAGAUGAACAAUGUGGACGAAAUAGGAACAUCCACUCUCCGGAAGCAAUACGCCAAAGUGAGGAUAGAGGGGUCUGAAUGCCAGAUGGAAGUCGACUCAGGAUCCGAUUAUUCUAUUAUUUCUGAAGCUACAUACAAGCGCCUAUGGCCAGAGAAGGGCCCAACUAUUCAUCCACUCUCCAUUUCACUACGUGACUUCCAAAAGCAGCCAAUUCCGCUGAGUGGCACAUGCUUCGUUGAUGUUCAGUAUGGAUACUUCAGAGGUCCGCUACGGCUUCUUAUCGCUGACGGAGAACGGGUGAGUCUGCUGGGGUACGAAUGGUUCGCACCAUUGGGUAUCAAGUUGACGGGUGUUCACCACAUGGAUGCCAACCCCCUAGAGCAAGUACUCAAAGAAGUAUUGCAGGAAGGCCUUGGAAAUUACACAGGACCUGUUGUUUCACUUCCACUAGAUCCUUCUGUUCCACCCAUCGGACUGAAGGCAAGGAAUGUUCCCCUGGCAUUACGCCCGAAAAUCGAUGCUGCACUCGAUCGUCUUAUCGCCGAUAAUGUUAUUGAAGCAAAUUCAAAUCCAAAAUGGGCUACUCCUGUUGUUCCUGUCGUCAAACCGUCAGGAGAAGCCUAUCUUCAACUACGUGUAGACGAUGAUGCUGCAGAAGCGCAAACCAUCAUCACACAUCGUGGUGCUUUCAAAGUGAAACGCCUCCAGUACGGUGUGAAUGUAGCUCCAGGACUUUUCCAGCACUUAAUUGACGAACUUCUCGUAGGACUACAGGGAGUAGUGCCUUAUUUUGACGACAUCUUGAUUCAAGGUGCUAACCAGGACGAACUUGCAACACGAUUGCGCGAGGUGUUACGUCGACUUGCCCAUGUUGGCCUGCGAGCCAGAAAGGACAAAUGCUUGUUUGGUGUGUCCUUCAUGGAAUUCCUGGGGUAUCAUGUCGACUCUAACGGCAUUCACCCUGCAGAUUCCAAGGUUACAGCGAUCCAUGAUGCACCGCGUCCGAACAGCAAGCAAGAGCUUCAAGCUUUUCUUGGCCUGCUGAACUUUUACAAUUCCUUUCUGAAGGACAAGGCUACCGUUGCUGAGCCGUUGCAUCGUCUUCUCGACAAAGACUCAGAGUGGAAUUGGACUACCAUCCAUGACGAGGCUUUCCAGCGAGCCAAAGAACAUCUCUCAUCAGAUAGCGUUCUUGUACCCUUCGAUGAGAAACGUCCUACAUUCCUUACGUGUGAUGCAUCACCUUAUGGUGUAGGGGCUGUACUAAGUCAGCAACAGCCAGAUGGACGCGAAGCUCCAGUUGCAUUCACGCACGUUGACAAGUACAGAGCGUAA